CUGCCUUACAGUCGCUGAAGUCAUCGAAGGCUCUCCUUGUCUGCAUCGACUGCAUCUCGCGACGAGUUGUGUCGCCAUGCGCCCGCCAUGGCUGCUUGAAAUAGUGCUAUUGGCAGGAGUCCUUUUGCCCCUUGUGAGGACACAGACCGAGGCUGUGACAAAUGCGAAUCUUCCACCAGAUACACCUUCUCCAAUACCGCAGCCAUCACCGUCCAACGAACCAUUAGUUCAGAAACCAGCCGACAUCAAGAACGCUCUCAUUGACUGGCUUCUGGAUGGCGUCGAUCCGUACCACGAGACGGAGUUCGAAGGCUACGACGGCUGGUACAACAACCCAAGCCACCCCGAACUGGGUUCAGCAGAUGGCCACUUGAUCCGGCUGUUCCCGGCGCAGUACUCUGAUGGCUCAUACCGACCUAACGGUCAGAACAGGCCGAACCCCUUCACCAUCAGCGAGAAGACAAUGAAGGGAGACUUCGGAGAGGGUCUGUCCCGUACGGGAAAGACAGCCUUCCUGGUUUUCUUCGGUCAGCAGGUGGUCGAAGAGAUCCUCGAUGCCCAGAGGGCCGGAUGUCCCCCCGAGUACUUCAACAUCCCCAUCCCGGAAGGCCACGAGUACCGCAACAUCGGAGCUCCCGCCAUGCCUUUUCUACGCACUCGAUACGAUGUCAAUACGGGAAAUUCGCCCAACAAUCCUCGCCGACAAAUCAACGAGAUCACACCGUGGAUCGAUGGUGGCCUGACAUACGGCACGUCCAAGACGUGGGCGGACACCCUGAGGUCCUUCAAGUGCGGCAUGCUGGCGUCAUCCCACAACGGACAGUUCCCUGUGGAGAACGACAUCCGUCUCCCGAUGGCCAACCCGCCGCCUCCUAGAUUUCAUCAACUUCGGCCGGUCUCGCGUUUCUUCCGGCUGGGCAACCCGAGGGGCAACGAGAACACGUUCCUGCUCACUAUGGGCACGCUGUGGUUCCGGUUCCACAACGCGGUGGCUAAACGCAUGUGCGAGCGGUUCGGCACUGUGAACGCGGGCUCGACCAACGUAUCCUCUUUGCGGCUCUGGAACGAGGAACGCAUCUUCAACGAGGCUCGCAAGCUCGUCAUCGCAGUCCACCAGCACGUCAUUAUCAACAACUGGCUCCCAGAAUGGCUUGGCUCUCCGCUUUCCGAAUACAAAGGGUGGGAUUCAAGCAUCGACCCUGGCAUCGCAACGGAGUUUCAAUCCGCAGCUAUGAGAUUCGGGCACACGCUGGUGACAUCUGGCGGAUACAAGAGGGGACCAGCCCCGGAGUGCGCCGUGAAGAACGUCACUUUCGAGAUGAACGGACAGAGACACACCGUAAGAGGCGUGAGGACCUGCAACUCGUUCUGGAACCCACAGGAGGCUCUGGUGAACGACGGCAUCGAACCGAUGAUCAUGGGUCUGAGCUCGCAAGCGGCAGAGAGGGAGGACAACGUCAUCGUCGAGGACCUUAGAGGACGCGUGUUCGGUCCUCUGGAAUUCUCUCGCCGAGACCUGAUGGCCGUGAACAUCCAGAGGGGGCGAGACCACGCUAUCCCCGACUACAAGACCGCUCGAAGAUUGUUGGGACUCCCGACCGACUUCUCGAACUUCUCCGAGAUGGGCCAGAAGGUGUCGCCCCUACUCUACCAAGAGAACCCGCAGCUCUUCGACAGGGUUCUCCCGGAACUGUAUGGCAACUCGACGGACCUCGUGGACAUGUGGGUCGGAGGCCUGCUGGAGACCACGGAUCGCCCUGGACAGCUCUUCCAGACCAUCAUCAGGGACCAGUUUCGCAGAAUCAGGGACGGCGAUAGAUUCUGGUUUGAAAACAACCAAACGGGUUUUUUCUCAAACGACCAGAUCGAGAGGAUAAGGAGGUUGAACGUGUACGACGUUAUUCUGACGGCCACAAACAUCAACCCGGGAGACAUCCAGACUAACCCUUUUCGACUUCCGUCAACCGACAACCCCGGCUUGGACCCGGCCUGCCUGAGUCAGCUGACAAUUCAGUACCCGUGCGUCACGGCUGGCCGCAACGUAACGUGCAGCGCUCUGCCGCCACUCAACAGCGCCCGCGUCGAGAGUUGCACCCGGCUCCAGACCUUCGAUUACUUCAGCGAGAGCGAGGUCUCGUACGCGCUCACGUUCCUGGGCCUGGCACUGUUCGUCUUGGGAUGUGUCAUGCUGCUCUUCAUGUUGGCCGCGAGAAGAAACCGACAUGUUGCUGAGGAACGCAAGAAGCUGAACAAGAGACGACCUCGUUCGGGAGACCAUAACGUGAUAAGUGCACGAGAGUGGCAAGGCCCGAAGCCAGGCUACCGGAACGUGGCCAUCCGAUUCCUGCCGGACAAGAAGUUUGUCAACGUGGUUCACGCCACGAGCGGGGCUUCCCUGCGAAGCAUCGACCUGAGGAAGGUCCAGACGGUGGUGGUGCAGGUGGCUUCGGCCAAGAACAGGUUUUUCUUCAUGCUCCGGCUGCCCAGAGAGUACGAUCUGGUGCUGAAGUUUGACUCGAAGGAAGACCUGGAGGGCUUCAUUGGCAAACUGGAGGAGUUCCUGGGUGCCAUCGGCGUGGGCCGGGAGCGCCGAGAGCUAGAAGAACACACGCUUCUUCGCCAGGCGGUCACACUGGAGCACCGUCAGAAGCAGCUGGACAAGUUCUUCAGGGUCGUGUUCGCUCAGGCCUUUGGCAUCGAGCACGACCAGAAGGAGAUUCUGGAGCUGGACGCCGCCCAGGCGAGGGACGUGGUGAACCUGGAACUGACGCAGUCCGAGUUCGCCAGCGCCCUGUCCAUGCAGCCGGACUCGACGUUCGUCCAGCAAAUGUUCGGGCUCGUGGACAACGACAACAACGGCUACAUUUCUUUCCGGGAGUUCCUCGACAUGAUCGUCAUAUUUUCCAAGGGAACGGCGGAAGACAAAACUAAGCUGAUGUUCGACAUGUACGACAUCGACCAUUCGGGAAAGCUGAGCAGGGACGAGUUUGCCAACAUGAUCAAGUCCCUCCUGGAGUUGGCCAAUCAAAGCCUUUCGCAGGAAAAGCUGAACGAGCUGAUCGCCUCCAUGUUUCACGAGGCAGGUCUCCAGAACAAGAUGACCAUCACUCUGGACGACUUCCAGGAGCUUCUCAAAAGCCACAAAGAACAGCUCGGCUACACGCAGCUCAACUUUGACGUUGCUUCGUUUCGGGGACCAGCGCCUGCUGCGUUGAACAGAAACAGUGUCGUGUACAGGGCACAAAACACGUUGGUUCGUGCAUACAGCUACUUCGGCGGCAAGAGUGAUGGCCAGACGGCGGCGGCAGCUUUGGCCGCUGAAGCGACGGGACAGCAGGCGAGCAGCAGGGUGCGCGCGGAACCACUGGCCGUGCAACGGAAGGUCAACUACGACCAGGACACGGCCUCGAGGUACCUGGUGGCCCUGGAGAAGUUCGUCGAGAACCACAGGCUCGACAUCUUCUGGCUGGUCCUGUACACGCUCGUGCUGCUUGCCAUCUUCUCCGAGAGGGCCUACUACUAUUCGGUGGAGCGUGAGCACGGAGGCCUCCGGCAGAUCGCGGGCUACGGUGUGACGAUUACCCGCGGCGCAGCCAGCGCCCAGAUGUUCACCUACUCGACGCUGCUGCUCACCAUGUGCCGAAACAGCAUUACUUUUCUCAGGGACACCUUCUUGCACCGCUACGUCCCGUUCGAUUCGGCCAUUCCCAUGCACCUCUACGUGGCCAUCUGGGCCGGGAUCUUCUCAGUUAUCCACAGCGUGGGUCACGCCUUCAACUUCUACCACAUCGCAACGCAGACGGCGGACGAUCUCACCUGCCUCUUCAGGGAGUACUUCCACGCAACCGACGAGCUUCCCAAGUUCCAUUACUGGUGCUUUGCUACGAUGACAGGUCUCACCGGAGUGUUCCUGCUCAUGCUGCUGGCCGUGAUGUACGUGUUCGCGACGCCCUACGCCCGGAGGCACGUCUUCAACGCCUUUUGGAACACGCACAACCUAUACCCGGUCUUCUACAUCCUGAUGAUCCUGCACGGACUUGGCCGCCUGGUGCAGCCUCCCAUCUUCUACUACUUCCUCCUGGGACCGCUCGUCCUAUACGUGCUCGACAGGCUUGUGUCCCUCAGUAGGAAGAAAGUGGAGAUCUCGGUCAUCCGCGCUGAACACCUUCCUUCUGAUGUAACCAUGCUGCUGAUGAAACGCCCGUCGAGCUUCGAGUACCGGAGCGGCCAGUGGGUUCGCAUCGCCUGCCUGGGGCUCAACGGCUCGGAGUAUCACCCAUUCACCCUAUCCUCGGCACCUCACGAGGACAACUUGAGCGUUCACGUCAGGGCCUUGGGUCCCUGGACCAUCAACCUGCGAACAAUCUACGACCCCAGCAACCUGCCAGACAGCCCAUAUCCGAAGAUCUACCUCGAUGGUCCCUACGGCGGCGGCCACCAGGACUGGUUCCGGUUCGAAGUGUCCGUGUUGGUCGGCGGAGGCAUCGGUGUGACGCCGUUCGCCUCGAUCCUCAAGGAUAUCGCCUACAGGGCGUCCUCGAGGGCCAGGGUGUCCUGUAAGAAGGUCUACUUCAUCUGGGUGACGCGUACCCAGAAGCACUUCGAGUGGAUGACCGACAUCAUACGCGAAGUGGAGGAGAAAGACGGUCGAGGUCUCGUCAACGUGCACAUCUUCAUCACGCAGUUCUACCACAAGUUCGAUCUGAGGACGACCAUGUUGUACAUCUGCGAGCGCCAUUUCCAGCGGAUUUCGAACCGAAGCCUUUUCACUGGACUUCGAGCAAUCACGCAUUUCGGCAGGCCGGACUUCGCUGGAUUCUUCGACACCCUCCAACUAGAACAUCCAACGGUGUCCCGCUUCGGCGUAUUCAGCUGCGGCCCCUUCCAGAUGACACGCAGCGUGGAGUCUGCCUGCGAACAUCUCAACCGCAAGGAGGGCGCCAUCUUUGAUCACCACUACGAGAACUUCUAGCACGUGUAUGCGCGCCGCUUCUUUUUUAUGGAUUUGAUCGAAUGCCGUGGCUUCCGGUGCAUUCGCUAUGAGAUAUGCUCAAGUUAUAAGGUAACUUCCAAAAGAAGGAUCCGGUGCCUUUCAGCAAAUUCUAAUUGAUACAUAUUCCGUAAAAAAAGGAAAAAAAAAUAGAGCAUUCAGGGUAAAGACAAGCGAAAAGUAGGACCACGAGAGACAACUCUCUGUUAUUUUCGGAAGAUAUAACAGAGUGUCACAAAAGAAAUUUACAGGGUUU